AGAAUGAACUGAAGUGAUUUUUUUUUUUUAUUAAUGAGAGAUAUUAUUGUUCACUGGUGUUGUUAGUAGCCAAUAAGUGAACAAUAAUCCCUUGGGUGGUGACAAAAAGAAUGCUGUUUUUGACGGGGAAAAAAGAAAGACUAAGCAUAUUUGUUAAAAUAAAUAAAUAAAAGCCCAUGCCUCUUCUUUUGAUUAUUACAGUUAUAUAAUCCAGGCACUACAAGUUGCCAUAAAACCAUCCUGAAAAGUGCAAAGUAAACAAGUUGGGUGAGAGAACUGAAGUGGAAUGUUGUCUUGAAAUUCUUUCCCUGAUUCAUCCUCAUCAUCUGCAAUGACUUUCACAUUCAAUGUUUAUUAUAUUUAUAUAAUAUUUUGGCACCGAAAACAACAAGCUGCUGCACUACUUUUCACCGCACACUGGAACAGGAUGAGCAGGUUCGCUGGCACAAACAAUCUGGGUGUCUCCUCUUUCAGCUGAGCUGUCACCUGAACACUCCCUUGUUCACUCCCUUAACCUGUAACCACUUACAGCUCAGCCUGACAGAAGCCUUGACCUGCUGGGAAAGUGUACUAGCUAGUCCAGGUACUGCCUCAUCUCAGACAUUACACCUUCCUUGUCUAGUGUUUGGGAAUCCUGUUCACCAUGUGCAGCCAGAUGCCCCACGACCACCAUCAAGAUCCUUACGUGGCCCUCAUGAAAGGCCUGAGACAGCUGGACCUGCGUGGAGCUGCUGUCCCCAGCAGCCUGGUGCUGAUCGGAGACCAUGCCUUUCCUCUAGCGGUGAACAGCACUGGACAGGUGGUGAUGGCUGCCUCGCUCUACGGCCAUGGCAGGAUUGUGGUGCUCGGUCACGAGGCGUACCUCACCUGCUUGCCAGAUUUCAUCGACAACGCUUUGACCUGGCUUCGAGGGGAUAAGAGUGACAACAUGUCAGUGGGCGUCCACAAGAGCGUCCAAGCAGUUGCUAAGAAUCUCAGCAAGUCCCACUUCGAGGCCAAAGUUGUGGGGGACUUCGACAAGAGCUUAAAGCUUGGCGUGUAUGUGACUGACUCCGACUCUGUCAAUGCGAAUGAGUUGGUGGGCUUCAUGAAAGAGGGAGGGGGAGUGCUGAUCGCAGGGGAGGCCUGGAGCUGGGCUGCUAAGCACCCUAAAGAAAACACCCUACUCCUAUUCCCGGGGAACAAGGUCUCUGGUGUGACAGGGAUCUACUUUUCUGAGCACAAGGGGGCUGCAGAGUGCAUGCCUGUCUACCCUCACAUCCCUGCGACUUGGAUGGACUCAGUGAUUGGUAAUAAUUUCGAGGAUGACCUGGAGUUCCUUCUUGAGGGUGUGGAAGAUUUUGACCUCCAGGGCAGAGUGAUUUGCUCUGAGAUCAUGGUCCACGGCCGCCUUGCUUUCCCCAUUGGGACAACACCAGAUGGACGAGCGUUCCUGGCCGGAGCCUACUAUGGUCAGGGGCGGAUCAUCGUGGUGACACAUGAAGGCCUUCUGACCAGAGGGAGUCUCUUUCAGUUUUGGAAGAAUGCCCUUCACUGGUUGGACGAAGGCCGGAAAGGCCUUGUUGGCAUAGUGAGCUCUCGCAAUCUCAAGCUGCUGGGCAAAUGCGGUUUAAAGUGUGAAGUAACCGCCCUCAAGAAGGAGCUGAGCGUAUACGUUGUGCCAUCAACCAUUUUCUCAAAACCAGAGGACGUCCUAUCAUUCGUAGCAGAGGGAGGAGGUGUGCUGGUGGCCGGACACGCUUGGAACUGGGCGCAGAAGCACCGGGGACACAAUGUUUUGACAGACUUUCCAGGGAACAAGUUGCUGAAUAAGGUGGGCUUGAGCAUGACGGGAUCAACAAUUGGAGGAGGACUCUACAAGGCCCCUGCGCCCAGCAGGGCCCUCACCGACUACUAUCACUUCCACCACCUUCUCCAUCGUUUCGCUGCUCACGUGAAGACGGGAGAAAAGCUGACCAAACAUGAGGAGGGCUGUCUGACCAAGCUGGGCGCUGACUGCGCCACCUACCUGCACAUGCAGGCGCACGACUGUUGCAGCUACAUGCAGGUGGUGUCAGUGCUCACCGAGGUCUUGAAGACGUCUGGCAUCCCUCCAGUGAAUGCCAAAUGUCCAGUGAAAGCUCCCAAAGAUCAGCUCCUGCUGAGGGUGGUUUCAACAGUCUACAAGUACAGUCCGUACCAGGACGAGCUCCUGCCAUACCUCAUCAAGGACCUGGAGCCUGUUGCCGUCGUCUAUAACCACAAAGUCCAAAUUAGCGUCAAAACUGGAGGUCGGGGUGAGUGGGUCAGCACGGGUCUUUAUCUCGCCAACGGAAUGAAGACCUACAUGGCUAUACCUCCGGAGCUUGUCAACAAGGGAUGGCAGAUCCAGGUUGGGUGUCAAACAGAUUGCCUGAAGGCAGGACCCCUGAAGAGAGCGCCGUGUGUGUAUGAGAGGUUUCCUGUGACCUCAGACAUGGUUCAGGUGAACAACCUGUGGGGAGGGCUCAUUUAUUUAAUCGCCCCGGCCAAAACCAAAGUGGACAGGCUCGAGGUCACCGUUCAAAUGGCAGUCCUGGCUCCGUAUUUUAAAUCAGGUGUGACUUCACUUGCCGAAUGGGAAGUGCUGCGCAAAGCCCCUGCCCCUUGGGCCGAGCUGGAGUUUGAGAACAUCAUCCUCACUGUCCCGUCAAGCGUUGUCCGAAACCUGGACCGUCCAGAUCUGCUGGCGGCGCACUGGGACAAAAUCAUGCGAGCCAUCGCCGACCUCGCAGGGACAUCACACAAAUUUCCCAGGAAAGAACGGUUUGUCACCGACGUGCAGAUUUCACAUGGUCUGAUGCAUGCUGGGUACCCCAUCAUGACUCAUCGCCACACCGCCGCUCAACUGGUCAGUGUUGACCACAUGAUGACCAAAGGCCUGUGGGGUCCGAUUCAUGAGCUCGGCCACAACCAGCAGAGAGGAUGCUGGGAGCUCAAGCCGCACACCACAGAGGGCACCUGCAACCUUUGGUCCAUCUACGUGCACGAAAAAGUCUUUGGGAUCCAGCGGGAUAAGGCCCAUCAGGCCAUGUCCCAAGCCAAACGAAAAUGUCGCAUGGAUGCCUAUGUGAAAGGAGGCAGGAACCUCAAGAAGUGGACGAUGUGGUUGGCUCUGGAGACCUACGUCGAGCUUCAGGAGAAGUUCGAGUGGGACCCAAUCAUUAAGGUGUUUGCUGCCUACUACAAGAUGUCUACCUUUCCUAAGGACAACAAGGGGAAGAUGAACCUGUUCGCCUUGACCUUCUCUGAGACUGUGGGCAUGAAUCUGUGCGGGUUCUUCAAAGCUUGGAGCUGGGCGAUCGAUCCGGCCACAGAGAAGAAGCUGUCCAGCCUGCCUGAGUGGACCGACCACCCCAUGGCCCGCUACAAGUGAGGGGGACUUCAGACUUGCAGAUCCCAAUGUAAAGUCGGAAAAAAAUGUAUUUUCUUAUCUUGGCUCUUAAUUCUCCUUUUAUCAUUGUCUGUAUUGAAGAGCAAAACAUGGAGAAAAAGAAGAAGGUUUAGGCUUUUUUAUUUACAAUAAGUGCAAUGAUCAGUGCAAUAAUCGGAUAGUCAGUGACAUAGUGUAACUACAGGCCUUUGGUGCUGCUUUUAGUUUAAUAGGUUCUAGUUUUAAAAUGGCUUUUCCCAUGUGCGUUUGUUGUAACUUAAUUUGGUGCUUUGAUGUUGAAGCUGAAGCUCUUGAUUUGUACCUUGUACACAAUAAGGGAAUGUCAUGAUUUUAAAAAAGAAUAAA